GCUCUGAGGGUGUGGACGUCCCACAGUACUGAAUCUACAGGAUACAACCAUAGACGGUAUGAGGCAACUGUAAACUUCUUUAACUGUAUAAUAUUGCCAUUGGUGAAUAUACCAGUGCCUGUCUAAUUGUGUCCCGGAUGAGGGACUGAUGCUGGCCAGGAAUUGGCUUAACCACUCAGGUCAUCAGCCUAAGUUUAAUUCUGCAUCUGCUUUCACGGGUGCAUCAUAAGAGAAGAAGAUUACACCAACAAAAUGGAUGAUAUUUUCACGCAGUGCCGGGAAGGCAAUGCAGUGGCAGUUCGCUUGUGGCUGGACAACACAGAGAACGACCUCAAUCAAGGAGAUGACCAUGGCUUCAGCCCUCUUCACUGGGCAUGCAGGGAGGGCCGCUCCAAUGUGGUGGACAUGCUCAUCAUGAGAGGAGCACGCAUUAACGUCAUGAACCGAGGAGAUGACACGCCUCUGCACCUGGCUGCCAGCCAUGGACAUCGCGACAUUGUGGGAAAGCUGAUUCAGUGCAAAGCAGACACCAACGCAGCCAAUGAACACGGGAACACGCCACUGCAUUAUGCCUGCUUCUGGGGCCAAGAUGAAGUGGCUGAGGACCUUGUGAAUAAUGGGGCUCUGGUGAGCAUCUGUAACAAAUAUGGGGAAAUUCCCCUGGACAAAGCCAAACCUCACCUGCGAGAACUCUUAAGAGAAAAGGCUGAGAAAAUGGGACAGAACUUGACUAAAAUCCCCUUCAAGGACACAUUCUGGAAAGGCACAACCAGAACUCGACCCCGCAAUGGCACUUUGAACAAACAUGCAGGCGUUGACUACAAACAGCUCUCUCUGCUUGCUAAAAUAAAUGAAAACCAGUCUGGAGAGCUGUGGCAAGGACGUUGGCAAGGAAAUGAAAUUGUUGUGAAAGUGCUAAAAGUUCGUGACUGGACCACAAGGAAGAGUCGAGACUUUAACGAGGAGUAUCCCAAACUCAGGAUAUUUUCCCACCCAAAUGUCCUACCUAUGUUGGGAGCAUGCCAGUCUCCUCCCGCCCCUCACCCCAUCAUCAUCACACACUGGAUGCCUUAUGGCUCCCUGUACAACGUGCUGCAUGAAGGCACCAAUUUUGUGGUGGACCAGACACAGGCAGUCAAGUUUGCUCUGGACAUUGCUUAUGGGAUGGCCUUCUUGCACACACUUGAACCCAUGAUCCCUCGCCAUUAUCUCAACAGCAAGAGCGUAAUGAUCGAUGAAGACAUGACAGCGAGGAUCAGCAUGGCAGAUGUCAAGUUCUCCUUUCAGUGUCCUGGCAGGAUGUACUCGCCUGCAUGGGUGGCCCCUGAGGCACUGCAGAAGAAGCCGGAAGAGAUCAACCGUCGCUCUGCUGACAUGUGGAGCUUUGCUGUCCUGCUGUGGGAGUUGGUGACCAGAGAAGUGCCAUUUGCUGACCUGUCCAACAUGGAGAUAGGCAUGAAGAUUGCCUUGGAGGGUUUGAGGCCUACCAUACCCCCGGGUAUCUCGCCACACAUUUGCAAGCUCAUGAAGAUAUGCAUGAACGAAGACGCAGCUAAGAGGCCUAAAUUUGAUAUGAUUGUGCCAAUUCUGGAAAAAAUGCAGGACAAGUGAAAGACAUUUUUUGCCCUCCCGUCUUUUUUAGCCGAUUGAAUACCUGGUCAUCUUACUCCAGAUGUGACUCAUAUGGUGGUGUGGUGCUUACCAGAAUGGCCUUAAACACAUCUUCUACUGCUGCAUUCAAUGCCACUGUAGCUUCUGCUUCUGAGAUCAGUUCAGAGGCAAUCACUCUUUCUAUUGUGUUAUAAAGUUUAUAUUACCCUUAUUGUCUUUGCCACUGAAAUGCUGAGCUUAGUAUUGACUGUUUGUUUAUCCCCUAAACGUUUAUCAUGUGGACUGAGUACAGUGGGGGGUUUUUUUCUAAUGACUGAAUAACCUGUGGAGGUUAGCAUGAUUGUCUGCUGGUUCAAACCAGUGGCUUUAAGGCCUUAUCCAAAGUGGGCUUACUUUAAAAAGUCAUCCUUCAAGGUUACUGCUUAUCUUAUAAUGAUGGCUUAUAAUUUAAUAAAUAACAGAUUAACCCAAAGCUUGUUUGUGGGAAAGGGUUCAUGUUUGUUGUUUUAGCAGCAACAAACUGUGCGCAAUGAGCAAGCAUGUCAUAGACCUUUAUUUGAAAUGGUUGCUACCCUUAAAUGUUCUGACAUCAGCAGUGUUUUGCCGUUCACCUUGGCUGUGUAGUGAAGAUGAUGAGCUUGGUCAGUCUCAAGCUUUGCUUCCUGACUGCAUCCUGUACAACUUGCAAAUGAAAUAAAACUGGCCUUUUAAGCCUUUACUGUCUUAGGUGCUGCAAAAGUGUGUUGAUAUAACAGUUUGGGGAAUAUAACAUUUAAAAUGCAUUGCAAGAUUUUUGAAACCCUUUAGGGAAUUCUAUUAAAGUAAUUAAUUGCAUCCCUCAUGCUUUCAUUUAAUCUGAACAUUUUUCCUUCUGUUAUUUUUUUCCCAGCUUCUUUAUUUGAAUUCUGUUACCUGUACUGUGGAGCAGAGUAUAGUCAUCCUCUGAUGAGAUGGGAAGUGUUUUCUCCUAAUUCAUUUAAGUGUUAUUUUCAUGUUGAAUAUGGGAAAUCUGUUUUGCAGCUUGUAAUCCCUUGUAUUCUUCAGUCUCAAGAAUCAUUCGUGUUCACACUGUGACGUAUUUCUGUUAACAGGUACAGCUAAACUUUGUUGCAGGAGGAAUGCUCUUAUUUUUAUGGUUCAUAAACUGCUGCCACCGCUUGGAUACUACGGGUGGAAUUUAUUACUUGCAAGCAGUUACAUUGCUUUUUCUAGGUGUUUCAUCUGAUGUUAUUUUGUUUCAUUGUCUGUUUUACGUCUGACUAUAACAAUCUAAUGGGGCAUUUCCUUUAUCUGCAUAAUUUCUGUCUCCUCUCGCUUCCUUGUUUGUGCUGAAUCACAUGGUUGAGGCUGAAUUCAAGAAUGACUUAUACAAAUGUAUGUAUUUAUAUAUGUGUAUAUUAAAGAUUAAACGUAUGGACAA